AUCUGUUCUGGCCUUGGGCCACUGGAUGAGAGGCUCCGCAGCACUAUGUCAUACCCGAGGUGACGGGAGAGAAAGCGUUGUCCCCACUGCACAGAUGCAGGUCUGAGGGUUGGCAGUGUCGCCGCCCGGUGUCACCCGUCGCUGGGGCCGGGCUGGGGACGACGGAGCCCGGAUUCCCGCCCUGUCACCCGCUGCUCCCGGCCUCACUCCGCCUGCAGGCUCCGAUGGCGGCGGCUGCGCUGUUGGACCUGGCGCAGGUGGAUGGAAUGGAGAUGACACCUAGGGAAACCCUGAAAGCCAGAAAUUCAAUAUGGCAGAACCUCCACUAGCCAGAGACUCCCGAUGACUGUGUGGAAGAGGGUAGCCCUCUGAGCUCUUCGCCUAUACUAUACUUUUACAUACAACCGUACCGGAUGACGACACUAUACUUGAGAUGUGAUCAACUCUCAAAGUGGUGAAUUGAACAUACCUAGUCUGUGGGUCCCAAUUGCCCACCCUCCUGCCAGCUGCCCCCAACACAAGUCAUGUCUCAUGGUCAGAAGAGUGAGCACUGCAAGCUAGAGGAACACCUUCAGGCCCCAAGAGAGGCACAAGGCCUGCUAGGUUUGCAGGCUCCCAUGGCUGAGGAGGAAGCCACCACCACCUCUUCCUCCUCUCUCUCUUCUUUGACCCAGGGCACUCCAGAGGAGAUGCCUGCCACUGGGACACUGAGUCCUCUCCAGAGUUCUCAGAGUGCCUGCUCCUCCCCCACUGCCAUCACAGCCAGUCCAGUGAGUCAAUCUGAUGAGAGUUCUAGAAGCCAAGAAGAGGAGGCGCCCAGCACCUCACAGGCUCCACCAGAUCCUGAGUCCUUGCUCACCGACGAUGUGCUCCACAAGAAGGUGGCUGAAUUGGUGCAGUUCCUGAGUGUCAAGUAUAUAACAAAAGAGCCCAUCACCAUGGCAGAAAUGCUGAAGAGUGUCAUCAAGGAGCACAAGGAACACUUCCCUGUGAUCUUCGAGAAAGUCUGUGAGUGCAUGGAGGUUGUCUUUGGCAUUGAAGUGAAGGAAGUGGACCCCACCAGCCAUUCCUAUGUGCUCGUCAAAACGCUAGACCUCACCUACGAUGGGAUGCUGAGUGAUGACCAGGGUAUGCCGAAGACCGGCCUCUUGAUACUUAUCCUGGGCGUAAUCUUCAUGGAGGGUAACCGUGCCCCUGAGGAGAAAAUCUGGGAGGUGCUGAAAGUGAUGGGAGUGUUUGCUGGGAAGAAGGACUUCAUCUAUGGGGAGCCCAGGAAGCUCAUCACUGAAGAUUUAGUGCAGGAGAAUUACCUGGAGUACCAGCAGGUACCCAACAGUGAUCCUCCACGCUACGAGUUCCUGUGGGGUCCAAGAGCCCACGCUGAAACCAGCAAGAUGAAAGUCCUGAAGUUUUUCGCCAAGAUCAGUGGGACUGAUCCCACUUCCUUCCCAUACUGGUAUGAGGAGGCCCUGAGAGAUGAGAGAGAGCGAGCCCAGGCCAGAGCUGCUGUGGAUGAUACUACUGCCACGGCCAGGGAAAGUUCCAGUGUCACGUCCAGCAGCGUCUCCUGCCCUGAGUGAAGUCUGAGGAAGAUUCUUCACUUUUCCGUUGAAGGCCAUGGCCAAAGAUCUAAGUAGUGGAGGGCCAGACUGGAUCUGGAGGGGACACAGUAUAUACCAUCUUUGUGUUCCUGUUCAAUCUGGGUGAUUUGGAGACUUAUCGUUUUUUGUUUUUUUGUUUUUCAAAUGUUGUUCCUUGUAAUGAAAAGUUUAAUUAGCUUCAGAAUCAAGUUUACGAAUGACAGUGGUCAACAUUGAUAGCUGUUUCUCAGGUUUAAGAAUAAGAGUUUUGCAAUUUUGCACCCAUCUUUUUUUCGGUGAUCUGUCACAAGAUAACAUGCCAUUAGCAUAGGAAUUUCCUUGUGAAAGCCCAGCAGGAAAAUAGAGAGUUUCAAGGAACAGAGGAAAAAAAAUGCAGGAUGGCGAAUUUAUGGAUUCAUUUAUUCCUUUGAGUCUGUCAUUCUGUAAAAUUAAAUUAUAUAUAUUU